ACACAUAUUUGUCAUAGCAAGUCCUUUCAAAGCCAGUCCGGAGCUAAGAAUACAUCUGAGGAAUCUUUGACUUGAGGACCUAAUUUUCUCAGAGGUGCUUUGGGAAGAUCUGACAUGAACAAACUCUAUGGCUGAGUUGAACAACAGGCAACACUGCUGGUCCACCUACAUUUGGAAUAAGGCUCAGAAUUUCAAGAAGCAUUGGAAAGUAGAGGGCACAUUGGAAUUUCAAUAAACUUUCAAAAUUGUUAGAACAUCGAUACAUUUCUGCCAGGAGCCAUGAAGGACCGUAUGGAGGAACUGAGACAGAAGGUAAAGUCCAGUGGGGACCUGAAUGACAAUGACCCUUUCAGUGAGGACUAUGAUGACGAUGAGUUAGCUCCAUCACCUCAGGCUGUGAUCUUUGAAGAGGAACCAGUUCUGGAGAACUUCCUGCGUGAGACCCAGCGUAUCCGUGACAGCAUUGAUGAACUAGAGGCUGAGGUGAAGAAGUUCAACCAACAGCAGCGAAACCUCGUGGCCACCAUGAGACGCUUCAGUGUCAUGAAAAAGGAGAGCAGCAUCACGCGCGACAUCAAGCUGCAGGCCGAAAGCCUCCACAAGAAGUUGGAUGCACUGGCUAAACAGGCCAAGAGCCUGGAGGCCGAGCUGGGCCCUAAUGCAGCCACCGUGCGCAUCCAGAAAGCCCAGCACGCCACACUGUUCCGCCACUUCCAGAGAGUGAUGCACCAGUACAACGAGUCCCUGCUCAGCAAGCAGGACAAGUGUAAGCACUUCAUCCGCCGACAGCUGGAAGUAUCUGGCCGGGCCGUGACUGAGGCCGAGGUGGACGACAUGAUGGAGCAGGGGAAGUGGGAGGUGUUCAACGAGAACAUCCUGCUGGACGUCAAGAUCACUCGCCACCAGGUGACCGAGAUUGAGCAGCGGCACAAGGAGCUCCUCAACUUGGAGAGUAACAUGAAGGACCUGAGGGACCUCUUUGUGGACAUCUUCAUCCUGGUGGAGGAGCAGGGGGAAUACAUUGAGAGAAUACAAACCAAUGUAGAAAGGACUCAAGAUUAUGUGCAGGUCACAAAUGAGAAGUUUAAAAUGGCUGCCAGAUAUAAGAAGAAGAAUCCUUUGAAGAGACUUUUAUGUUGUUGCUGUCCUUGGAGAUGCUGCUGACAGCAUGGAGAAAUCUGACUAAAACAUUACCUUAGGCACAAUGCACUUUCAGACUUUUGUACUCCCUUGUUGUUUUAAAACAUCACAAAGAUAAUCCUGCAAUCACAGUCAAUUGUUAAAGUUGAAUUAAGCUCAUUUCAGAGGAAAUAAAUAAACAUAUAUUUUAUUUAUUAAGAAUAUACACUUUACACUAUUAAUAGCUAUAUUAGUAAUGAUGAGUUCUCCAUGAAUUGCAAAAGAAACACUCCCAUCAUAUCAGUCAAAAACACAAUGUUAAUACGUAUGUAAGAGACACUCUGUAUUCAUUUGUAGCACUUUUAAAAUAUGAUGGUAAGAUCCAAUCACCAAUCGCUGAUGCCGCAGAUGUGAACCACACAUGUGAACAGUAAAGGUGUACAUUUCAUUAGAUAUGUACUCAGAGUGUGCUUAGAGUGUGAAAGCCAGAAUUCAGGUACUACUCUAGAGCUUGUGGAGUUAAUCAGUAAACUAGCAGUAGUUCUUGACAUGAUGGACUAGAAAACAAGCACAUGUGAGUCAGUUGCACUGGUAUUAAAUGUCUAGGUGUGCCCACACACAGAGCUGCUGAGUGGAUGGCCACAGGCCUGAGGAUAAUGUUACAGAGUUUACUGUACUGAGUCAACAAUAUCACAAAGAGGAAGGGCUGGACCACAAACUUUAUUGGACACACCCUCAAACUGGCUUUGACAGAGAUAACAUAAAUAUCAAAACGUUAAAGGAUCACUUUGACUGAUAGGCAUUCAAUUAUGGCUGAUAACAAAAUUUGUGUCUUUUAUAUGCAGUAAAUAUGUAGUAAACUAAAUAACCUGCUUUUGUGAUAUUGUAUGAGGUGUAAUGUAUUACAAUGUCUUAUUGCAAUGUAAGCUGCUGUUGUAAAGGCCUUGACCACAGCCAAACCUGAAAUAGGAUGCAGAACAGGAUGUAGGAGUAAGCCUACUCAAACAUGAAACGUUAUACAAAGCAACUAUGCCACCUAGUGUCUCUCACAGGAAGCACCAACAGGUUGUACAAAGCUUAAACUUGUAAAAAGUCUUGAGGAAUGCUAAAACUUUGAGGUAUUUCCUCUAUGGUCUUAUCACAAUUAUAUAUGGCUUCCACCAUACAGACAACCUGGAAGGAUUCAUAUUUAAUGGGACUAAUUCUUCCAUAUUCCGAUGCCUCCAAAGUGUCACCUUACCUAUAGGUAAAUUAUGGACACAUUAGAUUAUAUGUUCUGACCAGAAAACUUGUCCAGUUAAUUAAUUUAUGGAGACCUAUGUUUGUUAAAGCAUAACAUAACAUAAGUCUAAAAAUGUGAAAAUAAUAUACUGUGAAUGUAGUUAAUUAUCCAUUAUCUCUAAUGGCACACAACUAUUUAUUCUUUAAAAAAAUAAUCCUGAUACAACCCAUUUAAAGAUGUACAUGCACAGACCUAAACCUGGCCCUUAAUUUGCCUCUCGAUCAUCGCAUCCUCCUGAGUAGAUCACUAGUACUUUGUGUAUACAAAAAAACUACACUAAAAUGUGUUUAUGGCCUUCA